AUGGAAUGGCUCUGCGUGAUGGAUUUCUGCCAUUGGCCACCAGCUGACAUGGGGGUGUAUAUAGCGGAAUUUUGGUCAGCUUAUAGUGCAAUGUUUGAGUUCAAUUUGGCGUUACUAUGGGAUUUAGUUUCAAGACAGCAGGGAGGAUGCAUGAUUGUUGAUUCGACAAGGAAAGGGAAGAGAUUUCCUGACAGCAUGUCCAAAACUAUUCCAAUUUGGACCUGUGUUUUAAACCGUGCAAUUUAUGGGUAUAGGGCAAGAGUUGACUGCAAUUAUUCUUCGGAUAUUGAGUCAGCCACCUCCAAUGCACACGACAGUCGUGAACAAUUCUCCUCUGAUUGGGAUUGUUCUUUGCAUCUUCCCCUCUGGGUUUCAGAAUCUGAGAAAGCAAUGAUUGAAAAGCGAUUAGAAGGUUGGACAAAGGAACUGGAGGCCAGUGGAGCUGAUAUUGCCUCCCUAGCAAUAUCUUUAAGAAAACCUCUCAGACCUUUAUGGAUUUCACAAAGAACUGUUAUCUGGUUGAAUGAAGUACCUGAGUACGAUUCAUGGGAUUUCACACCCAUCAUACUCGUCUCAGCAUCAUCUUCAGAUGGCACUUUUCAGAAUCGGACCACCUCUGAGUUUAGCUGGAACUAUAUUGCUGGUGCUGGGGAUGAUGAGGAAAGUUGGGCUAGAGGUUUAGCACCCCAUCUUUUCUGGAAGCAUGCAUAUGAUAUUAUAAGCUCAGGUCCUGACUUGUGUAAUCAAAAGAUUGCAAAUAUUGUAGAAAAGGACCGAGUUAGCCGUGCACGAAGGGGAGAAAAUGCUCCACAGGUGUCUGUUAAGCCUUCAAAAAUCCUGGGAAACACAAGUUCGUUUCAAUUUGGAGACCCAUUAGUGUUUGAUGAUGAAUUUGUGGCUGAAGGCGAGAAGAAAAGUGGUGAUUGCUGCAUGUACUUUUUGGGGUCAACUGGUAUUGCAGUCGGCAAAUCUCGACUUGUGAACUCUUUUUAUACAGCCAUAGAAACCCCUCCUGCCUUCUGCAUAUUAAAUUGUGAUAGGGAGUUGUUGCCUGUCUCACUCGAAGACCUCGAAAUGUACAUGCAUCUACCAAUUGUGGAUUCCAAAAUCGACCGUUUUUCUUUGCUAAGGAAUCUCCCUUCAGCUAUUAACUUUGCUAAAUCCCAGUUGCAAAAGAGAAAGACUCUUCUGAUUUGCUGCAGUAAUGGAGAAGAUAUAAGCAUUUGCGUUAGUUUGGCAAUUCUGACGUCACUUUAUGAUGAAGCAGGACACUUUGACGAGGGAAGAUCCUUCAAUGAGACACGAAUCACCAAGAUGGAGUUGCGUAGACGGCUAGUUUUUAUAUGUAAAUAUGUUGUUAGUGCACGGCCAUCAAGGGGGAACAUAAAACAAGUGUUUGCUUGCCUUAGCGGAGGAUGUAACCCUUCUGCGUGAUGGUUUAUGAUAUAUCUUAUAUGUAGUGUUUCAAUUGAAACAUUCAUUUGGUUUUAAGUCCCCUAUCCCGAUUCAACUAGUUUGGUGUGCUCAUUCUUUAUAUUUUUUCUGUUGGGCAAUGAAUUCCUUUCCACGAGAAGUGGAUGCAUCAGCAAAUCCAGCGACUGAAAGGAAAAAAUGGCAGCCGAAGCUAUAUACGCAGUCACGAAGAUUGUGAGAUAUUGAAAUUGCACAUUAUUGAGAAAUGAGAAGGCUAAAGGUAAAAUAAGUGUAUCAAGUACAAGAUAGUACACCAAAGGUGAAUGAGGUGCAUUCAACUAGUGAGGGCAACCCUUUCAUUUCUUUCGGUCAUUUAACUUGUUCGUUUUGCGCGGAAGCACAUAUAUGAAUCUUCUUAUUUUUUUUGGUUU